AGAGCCGGCAAGCGGGAGCGCGUCUCUGCGUGUAGGGUGCGCGCGCCCAAGAGAGAGAGAGCGAGAAAGAGAGCGACAGAGCGUGUGAGCGAGGGUGGCCUGAGAGCAUGGCGAGCGCCGGCAAGGAGCACCUGUACAAGGUACUGGUGAUCGGCGACCUGGGCGUGGGCAAGACCUCCAUCAUCCGCCGCUACGUGCACCACACCUACUCGCACAACUACCGCGCCACCAUCGGCGUGGACUUUGCGCUCAAGGUGCUGCGCUGGGGUGCCGACGACACGGUGCGCCUGCAGCUGUGGGACAUCGCCGGCCAGGAGCGCUUCGGCAACAUGACGCGGGUGUACUACCGCGAGGCGACCGGCGCGUUCAUCGUGUUCGACAUGACACGUCCCAGCACCUUCGAGGCGGUGCUCAAGUGGAAGGCGGACCUGGACUCCAAGCUGAUGCUGGCCGACGGCCGCGGCAUCGCCACGGUGCUCCUGGCCAACAAGUGCGAGCAGGGCCACCCGCUUCCCGCUAAUGGCCUCAAGAUGGAGCAGUUCUGCAAGGAGCACGGAUUCGCCGGCUGCUUCGAGACCUCUGCCAAGGACAAUCUAAACAUCGACGAGGCGGCCAACUUCCUGGUGACUCAAAUCAUGGCGAGCGAGCACGCCUUGCUGAGGAGAGCCGCGGCCACCGACACCGUCACGCCACAACUGGACCGACGUCGCCGGUCGGACGGAUGCGUGGGAUGCCUCAAGUGAACUGAAGGAGACCCUCAAAAACUCCAUUUUGCACAUCUUUCAGUUUCAAAUCCUCUUUUUUUUUUUUUUUAAUUAUUUAUUUGCGAUAUUUUGACAACUGACGGAAUGGUCGUCGUAGUAUUUAUUCAGUUUGCUUUCAUUUAACAGUCCCAUCAGAAUUCAUAUUUCACACAUACACAAAUAUGGCCCAACUGUUAAUAAUUUUUGGGCCAGUGUAACAUUAUGCAGUUUGAAUGUUUUGAAUGUGAACAUUGCGCUUUAACAUUGGGGAGAAAAUUGCUUAAAUU